AUGCCCGUUAGACUCUUACCCCAAUUCCGACUCCUCAGCACUUCUCUUCCGGCGACCCAUUUCCCACCCAUGAAGUUCGCGCCUACCCUUUCGUCCUCUCGGGCCGUGCCCCUUUUGUCUCGGGUCUUCCCAUUGAGGCUGAGGUACAUGGGUUUAGGUUUUCGUCGUUCGUUGCAGACUGAGCGGGCAUUCUCGACUCGUGCCUUCCGAGGCCCCAGAACCGGGUCGGGCUCCGAGUUGCCACGUGGGUAUGAGAGAAGGGCGGGUGGAGCUUCGAAGAGCCUGAUAGAGGACGAGGCUGAGCUCAGUGACUGGGUCAGCGAGUUGAGGAGUGACUCGCCCCGUGGCCGUGAGGACGAAUUGGAGGGUCGUAGAGGUAGGGUUAGAGAGAGGGGUACUGACAGAGAAUCUUAUCCGAUGAAAAAGAGCAGGAGAGAGAGUGACUCGGGCGAUUUUGGUGAGUCUAGAAGGCGAGAUUUUCGGUCCCCAAAUCAGUCAUUUACGAGAAAUGGAGGUAUAAGUAAGCGGUUCGAUAAUAAAUCUGAGGGCGAUAAGAAAGAUAGACCAUUUCCACCCAGAAACAAUCGCGGGAACUCAAAUUCAAGUGGCGAGUUUGGUGAUUCGAGCAGGCGAAGAUUUUCUAACCCAAAUGAAUCUUUUUCGAGAAAUUCAGGGAUAAGUAAGCGGUUUGAUAACAAAUUUCAGAGUGAUGAUGAUAAGGAAGACGGGUUGUUUCCGCGCAGAAAUACUCGCAGGAAUUCAAAUUUGAAAGCGGAUUCAUUUACUAGGAAUGGAGGUGUCGAGGGUCUAAGAAGAGGUGGAAGAGAGACUGGUAAAAUAUUGCGUGUGAUGGAUGAUACUGAAGAGAAGGAGGAAAAACUGACCGGUGUUAGGAUUGAGGAUUUGCUUAGUGAGGAAGAGAGUGAUACUGCUAUUUCUGAUGAUGAUGGCUAUGGAGUAUUAAGAGAAAAAAGUGCAACUUCUUUGUUUGGUUCGGAUAAUGAAGUGAGCGUAAAGGUUUUGCCGAAAAGUUCACCUGGAAGCUCUGACUCUUAUUUGAGUGAAUCUCGGUUUGAUCAAUGUUCUGUCUCUCCGCUGUCCUUGAAAGGAAUCAAGGAUGCAGGAUAUGAAAAAAUGACUGUAGUACAAGAGGCUACUCUUCCAGUAAUACUCAAAGGUAAGGAUGUUCUGGCCAAGGCUAAAACAGGGACUGGAAAAACUGUGGCGUUCUUGCUUCCAUCAAUUGAAGUUGUUGUAAAAUCACCUCCUAUUACCCGUGAUCAAAAGCGACCCCCAAUUCUGGUACUUGUAAUAUGCCCAACCCGAGAGCUGGCAAGUCAAGCCUCUGCAGAAGCCAAUAAGUUAUUGAAGUAUCAUCCUUCUAUUGGCGUUCAAGUUGUGAUUGGAGGCACAAGACUUGCUUUAGAACAGAAACGCAUACAAGCAAACCCUUGCCAGAUUCUUGUAGCUACACCUGGAAGGCUCAAAGAUCACAUUGAGAAUACCGCAGGUUUCGCAACUAGGCUGAUGGGUGUCAAAGUCCUUGUACUUGACGAAGCUGAUCAUUUGCUGGAUAUGGGAUUCCGUAAAGACAUUGAAAGGAUUAUUUCAGCUGUCCCCAAACAACGGCAGACACUUCUGUUUUCUGCCACAGUUCCAGAAGAGGUCCGUCAAAUAUGUCACAUUGCUUUGAAAAGAGAUCAUGAGUAUAUCAAUACAGUUCAAGAAGGCAGUGAAGAGACGCAUGCACAGGUCAGACAGACGCAUUUAGUCGCUCCAUUGGACAAGCAUUUUUCCCUAGUAUAUGCUCUUCUUAAAGAGCAUAUUGCAGAUGAUGUUGAAUAUAAGGUUCUUGUAUUCUGCACUACUGCUAUGGUCACACGAUUGGUUGCAGACCUUCUUGGUGAGCUGAACUUGAAUGUCAGGGAGAUCCAUUCUAGGAAGCCACAGAGUUAUAGAACCCGAGUUUCUGAUGAAUUUCGGAAAUCAAAGGGUCUUAUUCUUGUAACUUCAGAUGUAUCUGCACGUGGGGUCGAUUAUCCAGAUGUUACCCUAGUCAUACAGGUGGGCGUGCCAGCUGAUAGACAACAGUAUAUACACCGACUUGGUAGAACCGGUCGUAAAGGCAAAGAAGGGCAAGGAAUAUUGUUACUGGCUCCUUGGGAGGAAUUCUUCUUGUCCAAUAUUAAGGAUUUGCCAAUAAACAAGGGUUCCGUACCUUCAGUUGAUCCAGACACUAAGAAGAAGGUGGAACGAGCGCUAUCCAAAGUGGAGAUGAAGAACAAAGAAGCAGCGUAUCAAGCGUGGCUUGGGUAUUACAAUUCGAAUAAGAAAGUGGGGCGCGAUAAGCAUAAGCUUGUGGAGCUUGCUAACGAGUUUAGCCGAAGCAUGGGGCUGGAUAAUCCUCCAGCCAUUCCCAAGCUUGUUCUUGGCAAGAUGGGGCUUAAGAAUGUCCCUGGAUUGCGUUCCAAGUAG